AGAUUUGUAUGGUAAUUUGGGGACACCAACAUUAAGUCGAACAAUCAUAAUUGGAAAAGAUGUAAACAUGGUUAGACGCAUUAUUUUUAUACUUAGUUAUUUUAUUCGAUGUAAUGAAGUAUAUGAGAAUAAGGAACAAAUGAUUCCGUUUGAUUCUAACUUCAAUGGACAAAAAAAAUCCAUGAUUGAUAUUAUGAAUGAAGCAAAAUUUUCAAAAAAAGAUAUGAUGAAUAAUGGUGAAACAGAUUUAUAUUCAAAUAAUAAUCAUUAUUCAUCUGAUGGUGAUGGUGAUAAUAAUAAGCAAAAAAGGUUGAUAAUUGAUGGCUCCAUAUCAGACCUUUCUAUAGAAAAUUUUAUGGAUGUGCCAAUACCAAAGUCAGCAAAUAAAUUCACCAUACCAGAUACAAAAUUAGAUACUACAAAAACUGAAGAUGAUGAUGAUACAAAGUUAUUGUAUCGUGCAGAUCGAUUAUUUGUCAAAUCCUAUGGUAGAUCAUUGAUGGUCGGACAUUGUAAGAAUUAUAUGUCAGACUUUGUAUUAAUGGGUAUACCUAACCUUGAUGAUCAAGAUUUAUUAUUGUUAGAAACAGAUCUGAAAGACUCUUUACAGCAAUUUUCCUUACAGUUUACAGUUACUAAAACUAUUUGUAUAUUAGGACAAUUAUCUAAUUUCAUGUGUACAACUAGAGGUUAUGAUUUGUAUAGUGCUCGUCAUGCUGUUGAUGAUGAUUCUGUGACAUUUGAAGGAAGUGAAUUCAGAAACAGUGAGGGAUUUAUUCAGCAGCAACAUUAUUCAAAAUAUGUUUACAAUAUGUUACAUCAAUGUAAAGAUUUAUUCACUGUUUCAGGAAUGUCAGCAGAAUCUGCAAGUGUUUUAUUAUUUUAA